CGUCGGAUUGGGUCCUCAAAAACGGGUAGAAACUUGUGGGAAAGUAGACAGUCAAAAUAGCUUUCUACUUCUAAUUCUGGGCGGUGGUUCUUCUCGGGGCUUUCCCUGCAAUUUCACAAUUUAGAUAAUUGCGUUUACAUGUAGAAAGCCACCACGUGCUGGCCUGCCACCCUUUGAAUUUUUAAGAACGGAAGUACACAACUUUAAUAUUGAAGCAAGAGAUUCCUCGUCGCAAUAGAUAUUUUUGCAGUUGGGAUCCCAUCUAUUGUAAUGGAUGAGAAAGAUGUGAAAAUAAAAGGCAUGGAAACUUCCCAUAGUGUGAGGAACAGAAGCCACAAGGCAUUUGAUCCAUCAUUUCUUGUGCAACUACAAAACAAGCUUCAGAAUUGCUUAAAGUCACAGAUUAGCAAAUUAGCUAAAGACAAUGAUGGAGCAACCUCAGUGGGAAAGGAAGAAGUAUUGCCUAGUGCUUUGAGGAUUGAUUUGGAGAGGCAAUUACAGAACUGGAGAGAAAAUCCUUCCUGGGUUGAUCAGAGUCCAGAAAUAAAGGUCAGUGUACCAAAAGGUUCUCUCUGCAACCUUAAUGUGAAAUGCAAUGUUGGGUUGCCACCAGAUGCAGUGUACAAUAUUGUGAUUGACCCUGAUAAUAGGAGGGUUUUCAAAAACAUCAAGGAAGUGAUAUCCAGGAAAGUUCUGCUUGAUGAAGGCCAUAGACAGGUGGUUGAAGUAGAACAAGCAGCUAUAUGGAAAUUCCUUUGGUGGUCAGGGACCAUUUCAGUUCAUGUUUUAGUUGAUCAGAACAGAAAAGAUCUCACAAUGAAGUUCAAGCAAGUGAAAACCGGAUUCAUGGAAAAAUUUGAAGGAUGCUGGAGAGUGGAACCUGUGUUCGUCGAUGAAGAUAUAUGCUAUCCAUUCAAACCUAAAACAUGGGCAGAAUAUCAUUCAUGUACAAGAGGCAAAGGAAGGAUAGGAUCAAAGGUGAGCUUGGAGCAGUUAAUCCAGCCGACUAUAGUUCCACCCCCGCCGAUUUCCUGGUAUCUAAGAGGAAUCACCUCUAGAACCACUGAAAUGAUUGUAUAUGAUCUGCUUGCUGAAGCUGCCAGAAUCCGGGGGGAUCUUAAUACUGUGAGGUCUGAAGAAUUAGAAACAUCUCAUAACUCGAAUGAUGAAUGCCGAAGUGGUGCCAAGUCAUCUGACAUUAAAGAGAGAUGGGCUAUGCAUAGAAGUGCAAAGAAGCAUCUUAGAAGAAGGCUGUUGACUGCUGGAUGAUCCAAUUACCUGUUCAAUUUUGUUAUGUAUUCUCUAUUGUUGUAUUUCUUGUAAUAUAUGAACUCCAUAAGAUAAAGCUGGCCACACCUAGAUAUAUACUAGAAGAUUAUGAUUCUUUUUCAUCAUUCUUAAAAUGUUAAGCGUACCAGUUUUAUGUAUUCUCAGUUCAAUAUCAGCAGGCGGCAUUCAGUGCAUCUUGAUUGAUAUUUUUCACAUAA